CAUUUUGCUAUGUAGGAUACAAAAGGAUGCAAAGAAAGCUAGCUAGCGCCUGCUUGCUACAUCGCAAUGUCAUGUCCCGUCGACGGAGAGCACCGCUGCCAUGCAGCCGUGCAAAAUGAAAUGACGACUGAAUGUUCAGUGACCGGCGGUGAAGCGGACGAUAGUGAAAAACGGAUAGUAAGACAACCGAUUGUUUUGCUUUUGUAGAUUCUUUCUUUCUUUCAUUACUUUCUUUUUUCUUCUUCUUCAUAUCCCCAUACCGUUUUCUAUCCGGUUUUAUGCUAGCUAGUGAGUUAGCUUUUGGGAAAAGGGUAUGUGUACGCAUCCCACUACUAGAUUGUUGAAAGGUGAAUGAGGAAGAAAAAGAGAGGUAAAAAGUAAGGUAGAUCGCCCGAUCAUUGAGCACAUUAGGAGUUAACCAUUGGAUUUAGCGUUGCCAUCAUCCUCGUAUUUAGGGGUGGAAAUCGGUACGGUAUCGGUAUCCCAAUACCAAAUACCGAAAUCUCAAAUACCGAAUUACGCCCUAAAGUCAAUCCCAAUCCCAAUCCGAAUAGCCGGAUCAUUGAGCACAUUAGGAGUUAAUCAUUGGGUUUAGCGUUGCCAUCCUCCUAUCAUCACUAUCCGGAAUACCUAUAAAAAAUUAAGGAAAAAAAAGAAUUUUUUCUCUCUCUGGCGAUGACGAUCGAGAAUUUGGCAUAUGAGAAUGGAGGAGGGAGAAAAUAUCAUUUCGUUCGUGUUUUUAGAUAUGGUACGGUGAGUGCCUUUGUGUAAGACGGAAUUAACGAUUGUACAAUCGUCAUGGUUUCUUACGUGUAGAUGAUAUAUGUUAUUAUGUGCGAUGGGGCAUCGAUGAGAAAAAUAUUAAGACACCAUUCUCAAAGAGUUGGGACACAUCUCGUAAUGGAGAGUAUAGAGCAAACGGAGUUUGAGAGAGCCGUAUUAUGAAGAGAUGGUGAUUUGAACUCAGCUCGCUGGGUAUUUACCCGAUCUGACACGCGAUGAAACAUGUAUUACUCGACUCAAAAAUAAUAUAGGGCAGGACAUGAAUAUUUACUCUAGUCCCGCCUGUUUUUGGCUCACCCUAUUUCAAUUUUUUACUAUAUCUAUUCAUAUUUCGGAUUAGCUGAAAAUUCCUAAUGUCAACAUAAUGAUGAUAGUCAUUCUUUUUUUUCCCCCCCGGGAAAGCGUCUAACGCUGUGAGUUUGGACGGGCAGGCAGCGAGUUCCGUACACGAAAAAAUGCGCCAAAACAAGGAGCGCGAAGAAGACGAGAAAGAGAAUUCGGAAUUCUCCUUAACUAACGCCGUUAAGCGGUGGGCGCGUGAGGGGAAAAUGGCGAUGAGACCAUAAGCCGUUAAGAUUUCAAAUAUUCAAAAAUUAUCAAAUCCCCCGACUAUAUAAACGCGGCAACGCCCCUCUUGAAUUUCGAACAUUCUGGCGCAACCGCCAAUCCCUUCAUUCCUCCGCCGCCGCGCAAUUCCUCUCUCCUCCCACCGGCCGCCGAUUUCUGAUCAUCGCCGGCCGGCCGCCCGCUUUCCCAUCCAUUCUCUCUCUUCCUUAUCCCGAAGGGGAAUCUUUUCCCCUUUUCCCUCUUUUUUCUCCCAUUUCUUCGAUUUGUUCGGCCAACUGCAGAAACCCUAGCUAGUAUCCGACUAUAACUUCGCCCCCGUUUUCUCGCUGUCCGCUCUUGCCCUCCCGUGAUUCAUCGUCGUCGAUAGCCAAGGUAAAAUUACCUUUUUGAAGAAUUCAAUUCAGAGCCCGCGCGACGUUUGACUUACCUUGAAGUUUUUGAUCGAUUUCGGAUCAGUAUUUGCUGCUGUUGUUAAUGAUGAAUUGUUUACCUACAUGCUGCUGCUUAAUUGAGUGAGAACUCGUUAAUUCGCGUUGUCCUAGUUCAAUUUGUCCUUCUGGUGUUGGAUGGAGGAAGUGUUGUGUGCCGCAUUGCUUCUGGUUGAAUCGUGAUCAUCGAUUGAUUAAUGAUUGUUGUGCUUUUUUUUAAAGAUUUAUGUUUCCUUUUAGAGGAAGAAUGAGCUCGAUACGUGAGAAUGGUGUUGGGGAGGAGCUUGAUGGGAGGAAUGAUGAUGAUGAUGAUUUGAAGGCUCCUCUACUGAGGCCCGCUUCUGGUGGUGCUGUUACGAUUACUGUCAGUACUGCUGCUGGACAGAACAGUAAAGCCGCUGCUGCAGCGGAUAAGAAGGUUCGAACUGCGAAAUUCAAGAUAAGAGACAUCAAAUGCACUGCUUGCACUGCAUCGAUCGAGUCUAUGCUCAAGGAGCUAGCUGGAGUUCAAACUGUGGCGAUAUCGGUGCUCGAUGGCCAUGCUGCUGUCACUUAUGUGCCAGAGCUCACCACUGUUGAGAAGAUUAAGGAAACAAUUGAAGAUGCUGGGUUCCCGGUGGAGCAUCUUUCUGAGCAGGACAUAGCGGUAUGCAGGCUCAAGAUUAAGGGAAUGAUGUGUACCAGCUGCUCCGAGUCGAUCGAACGUGCUCUGCUGCUUGUCGAUGGAGUUAAGAAGGCAGUGGUGGGUCUUGCUCUGGAAGAAGCAAAAGUCCAUUUCGAUCCAAACAUUGUAGAUAUUGCUGGAAUCAUUGAAUCCAUUGAAGAUUCUGGCUUUGGAGCUGUGCUUGUAAGUUCUGGCGCUGAUGUGAACAAAGUGCAUCUAAAGCUUGAAGGUGCUGAAUGCUUGGAAGACUGUAAGCGGAUUCGAUCUUUGCUCGAUUCAGCACAAGGUGUUAAUCAUGUUGAAAUGGACAUGGAUGAACAGAAGGUAACCAUCAACUAUGAUUCGGCCAUUACUGGGCCGAGAUCUCUCAUACAGCUGAUUGAAGAGGCUUCCCCUGGUGACAACAUUUACCUUGCAACACUAUUCGUUCCGCCCAGGCAAAGGGAAAGCGAUCAGCUUCAAGAAACUCGAAUGUAUAGAAACCAGUUUCUGUGGAGCUGCAUUUUCUCUGUUCCGGUAUUCCUGUUUUCCAUGGCACUCCCUAUGCUUCAUCCUUAUGGAAACUGGUUGAGCUAUAAGCUUUACCACAAUCUCACUGUUGGCAUGCUCCUUAGGUGGAUUCUGUGCACCCCUGUGCAGUUCAUUGUUGGUAGAAGGUUUUACGUGGGAGCGUACCAUGCAUUGAGAAGAAAAUCAGCCAACAUGGACGUUUUGGUCGCAUUAGGCACUAAUACUGCAUACUUCUACUCUGUGUAUGUGAUUAUAAAAGCUACCUUUGCUGAAAAUUUCGAAGGCCAGGAUUUCUUCGAAACGAGUGCCAUGCUGAUAUCUUUUAUACUGUUGGGGAAGUAUCUUGAGGUUGUUGCUAAAGGCAAGACAUCAGAUGCUUUAGCAAAACUCACAGAACUUGCUCCUGAGACUGCCUGUCUGCUAACUUUAGACGCCGAUGGGAGUGUUGUUUCGGAGGAGGAAAUUAGUACGCAAAUGAUACAGCGGAAUGACAUAAUCAAGAUUGUUCCUGGUGCGAAAGUAGCUGUUGAUGGAGUUGUUGUAGAUGGACAAAGCCAUGUGAAUGAGAGCAUGAUCACUGGAGAGGCAAGGCCUGUUGCCAAACGACCUGGUGACAAGGUUAUUGGUGGUACAAUGAAUGAGAAUGGUUGCAUAUAUGUUAAGGCUACCCAUGUAGGGUCAGAGGCUGCACUGUCCCAAAUUGUUCAACUGGUUGAGGCUGCUCAGCUAGCUAGGGCACCUGUUCAGCUACUAGCUGACCGAAUCUCUCGAUAUUUUGUUCCCGCGGUAGUCGUUGUUGCUUUCGUAACAUGGCUAGUAUGGUUCACAGCCGGGGAAGUUGGCCUUUACCCUCGAAACUGGAUACCGAAAGCCAUGGACAAGUUCGAGCUGGCCCUGCAGUUCGGCAUAUCAGUGCUGGUGAUUGCCUGUCCUUGUGCUUUGGGGCUGGCAACACCAACAGCUGUUAUGGUUGCAACCGGAAAGGGUGCUUCCCAAGGUGUCCUUAUCAAGGGCGGAGACGCCCUUGAGAAGGCACACACGGUGAAGACAGUUGUGUUUGACAAGACGGGGACGUUGACAGUGGGGAAACCACAGGUGGUCAGUGCUGUCCUCUUCUCCAGUUUCUCAAUGGAGGAGUUCUGCGACUUGGCUACCGCUGCAGAGGCGAACAGCGAGCACCCUAUAGCGAAGGCUGUGGUCGAUCACGCCAAGAGAUUUCGACACAAGAUCGGUUCGAGCCCCGAUCACAUCCCCGACGUGAAGGACUUUCAGGUGCACACCGGAGCCGGAGUGACUGGAAAAGUUGGCGAGAGAGUGGUUCUCGUUGGGAACAGAAGGCUUAUGCGGACAUCUGAGAUCACACUGGUGCCAGAGGUGGAGAAAUACAUCUUCGAAAACGAAGAGCUGGCUAGAACGUGUGUAUUGGUCGCCAUUGAUGGGAAGAUGGCUGGAGCUUUUGCAGUGACAGAUCCCGUGAAGCCAGAGGCUCAACGUGUGAUCACGUUCCUUCGUUCCAUGGGGAUCACUAGCAUCAUGGUGACAGGGGAUAACAGGGCAACCGCCGCAGCCAUCGCCAGAGACGUCGGAAUUGAUUACUUUUUCGCCGAGACGAGCCCAGUUGGGAAGGCUGAUAAGAUCAAGGAUCUACAGGGGAAAGGGGUGAUAGUGGCGAUGGUGGGAGACGGGAUCAACGACUCGCCGGCGCUAGUGGCGGCCGACGUAGGGAUGGCGAUCGGAGCGGGGACGAACGUGGCCAUAGAAGCGGCAGAUAUAGUGCUGAUCAAGAGCAACCUGGAAGACGUUGUCACGGCCAUAGACCUGUCCAGGCAGACGAUUGCGCGGAUUCGGAUGAACUACGUGUGGGCGCUUGGUUACAACGUGCUCGGCAUGCCGAUCGCUGCGGGGAUCCUUUACCCGUUCACCGGGAUCCGGCUACCUCCCUGGCUCGCCGGCGCGUGCAUGGCCGCUUCGUCGCUCAGUGUGGUCUGUUCUUCGCUGUUGUUGCAGUCGUACAAGAAGCCUUUGCAUGGUAGAGACUAGAGAGGGCUGAGUGGCGAAAUUGUAAAGUUGUAAUAUUAGGGGAUUUGGCUUGUUUUGUUUGCAUUUGGUACCAUAAUAAAAGACCGCAGUAGCGUUUGGGCCUGACAAAAUGAUUGGCGACGAUUCCGGAAACAAAUUGAGCCCAAAUCGGAAGUGUUAUUAAGCCUAAAUUCUAUAGCCCAUUGGAGCUGGAAGAGAUAUCACAUGAAUGAUGUGAAGAUGGAGCAUCACAAGAUGAGUAUUUUGGACAUGCAUAAAAGUCGUGGUUGAGUUGUUAUGCAAGAUGUGUUAAAUAAGCAUAUGAUUAGUUUGGUAAUAUAUAGUGAGUGGGAAACUGUGGCUCGAACAAUGAUCUACUAAUUUUGAAAAUUAAAUGUGGUUUGAAGCAUAUGAUUAUUGAUAAAUCGUUAUGUCUCCUUCGUGCAACUCCUUAUACAAAUAUUUGUCAGAUAAAUAUGUUUGCACUUGCAAAUAUAAAAAAUAGAUUAAGACUCAUUGAGAUAUUGGAGAAUAUUAAAAUACUUGUAUUGAGAUUCGCGAUCGAAUUUUGAGUGUGCAGAGAGGCUAAACCGAGGGUGUCAGCGCAAGAGAAAAAGAGCAAUUAGUAUCGGUUGGCUUGUGUCGGUUCAUUUAACCGACACUAAAAUUUUAUUUGCGUCGGUAAUUUGUGUAAGUUAUCUAACCGAUAUUAUUUUUAUAAUUUUGUGUCGGUUUUUCUUUAGCCGAUACAAUUUUCAGUUGAUUUGUAUCGGUUUUACUUUAAGUGACAUAAAUUUUGAUUGUUUUGAAUUUUCAAUUAAAUUGAUUUGGCUAUGAAAAUUUGAAGGACCCGCCCAAUUGGGUUUUUUCAACGAAAUCAAAAGGUAUACUCUCACAAAUUUUCCCUUUUAAAUUAAUCUUUCUUGUUCUGGGCACACCCCAGUCUCCACCCAUCACUGUCUCUCUUUCCUCUCAUUUUUUCCCCUUCUUCUGCUUAUUCUUCUACACAAUACAAAUGUGUAUAGAGCAUGGGCUUCUUCUUCCAUCGCCCACGCCUCCCCUCCCAAAAUCGAACGAUUCCCAAAGAUCCAUCUUCCAUCCUAUUCUCUUACCGCGAAGGGAAAAGGGGUAGUUGUCACUCAACAGUGGGAGGAGAUCAGGAGGCGUUCAAGAUGGCGGAGAUCAGGUUAUGAUCCAGAGGAAAGAACCCAACUUCUCCAAACCAAAGCGGAAAGCGAAUGUACAGUUUGGGUUGCAUGUUUGAUUAUCGAUUUGUAGGUUAUCAGUUUGUGGGUUGUGUAUUUGAUUUUCGUUGUUGUGUAGUCUAUGUUUUCGAGGGCAGAGAGCACCAAGAACAGUGAAGAUAGAUCUGUCGCCGCAAUCGCUGCCCAACUAUGACAACCCAACUUCCCCUCGACCGCCGACCAGCUUCCCCUCACCUCGGAGCUCCAUUCAUGUAUGUUUUGGAAAGGAUCAAGAAGGAAAGAACCCAACUUCUCCAAACCAAAGCGGAAAGCGAAUGUACAGUUUGGGUUGCAUGUUUGAUUAUCGAUUUGUAGGUUAUCAGUUUGUGGGUUGUGUAUUUGAUUUUCGUUGUUGUGUAGUCUAUGUUUUCGAGGGCAGAGAGCACCAAGAACAGUGAAGAUAGAUCUGUCGCCGCAAUCGCUGCCCAACUAUGACAACCCAACUUCCCCUCGACCGCCGACCAGCUUCCCCUCACCUCGGAGCUCCAUUCAUGUAUGUUUUGGAAAGGAUCAAGAAGGAAGGUAGGGGACAGAGGCGACUCGAUCUGGUUUGGGGAGGAGGAGCAAGCACAUGCAUUUUUCUGGGUUUGUGGGUUGCUUUUUGUGGAUUCAAAGGGUCUAAUUAUGGGUUUUGGGGGUUCCGAUUGUUUGAUUUUGUAAACAAUUUUUUCUUGUUGUCGCUUUUUGGGAGAUUGAUCAUCUGUUGUUUUCUUGAAUGAAUUUCUUCUUCGAUUUCAUGUUUUGGCUCGCCAUGAUCUUUGUUUCUUUCAGCAGCCAUGAUCUGUCUUUGUUUUGGCCAGUAGCUUUGAUCUGUAGUUGAUUUGGACACGAAGAAGAAUGGAAGAGGGACGUGAAAUGUGAGUAAGAGAGGGAUAGGAAAAGAAGAGGGUCGGCCAGAGAGAAGAAGAAGGGUCGACGACACCGUUGGUUGGCGGCGAAAUAUUUUUUAUUAUUAAAAAAUGGACUUGAGUCGAUUAUUGUGAGUCGACAUAUAUAUUAGUUUUAAUUAAAUAAAUGGAUUUCCUUGAUAAAUAGUUUUCAUCGGUUAGAACCGACCCAAAAUAACGAACACAAAAUGGAUUAUAGUCAGUUAUUUCGGCGGUUGCCCAAACCCGACACAAAUCCGUUUAGUGUUGACAAAUUUCGUGUCGGUUAAAUGAACAGACAUAAAAUGUUUUAGCGUAGGUUAAAAUGAGCACUAAAUAUAAGCAAUAACCGACACUAAACCAAUAUAUAUUUUUUUUGUAGUGUGACUCUUACGGAUCGAACCCAAAAUAGGAAACACUAAAGAUGCGUCGUCUUUUUAUCUACAAACAAGGGGGGAGAAGGGAAUUUGUUUGCGGUUUGUUAGUUAGUUAUGGUUGUAAUUGCAUGUCUAAUUUCUAAUGUGUGCAUAGGGGAAUGUUGAUUGCACAUUAUAUACAACUCUUGAGGCACAAGAUCAUUUUGCGAGUUCCCCUCCACUUUGAACGUUUCUCCAAGUUCCUUAUGGUAUGUGUAUUAUGGUUAGAAUGUUUGAUUCAAUGAUGUAGUGAUUUUGAACAAAUAAAUGUAGUUUGAAGUAUAUGAUUAUCGAGCGAUCAUUAUGUCUCUUUUGUGCAACUCCAUAUACUAAUAUUUGCGCAAUACAGAUCUUUGCACUUUGCAAAACAUGAUAAAUGGAUUAAGAGUUAAGACUCAUUGAGAUAUUGAAAAAUAUAUAUUAAAAUAUUUGUAUAUUCAUUUUACGUGAACUGUUUGCGCGAUAAAGAGUUAAAGACGUU